GUUAAAGAACGAUACGUCGUCGUCGCGAGAGGAGGAGCGACGACGAUACUUCGCCGGCCGGGAAAAGUCUCGCAUUUACGUCUCGGCGUCGCUCAAAGAAAGCCACCACCGGCCGCCGGCUGUGUCCCCCGUGAAUAACGUUCGUUAUUCGUCCUGGAAGUGAGUUUAUUACAUUGUGCGCGCGCGCGCGCGCGGCUUCUACUACAUGGCGAGUUUUUACAGCUAGCUGGCAGCCCAGCGGGAUAUAAAACGUCGUUGGCAUACAAAGUGCAAAAAACGCAACCAGGUGGAAUUGUUCCAGUCGCGCUUUCCAGAAGGUACAACAAUGAGAUUUUAUUCCCUCGGCCGUGUUCUGAGCGUGCUCGUUCUGCUCGUCGCUUUGACGUGCGCCGCGGAAAGCGCCAGUCUUCAAGCGAGGCGCUCCUUCUUGGAGGAUAUCGGAAACACAUUGAGCAACAUCGGAGACAAAAUCAAGGAUACUAUGAGAGGUUUCGAGUCCGUGUUCAGUCAACCCGAGGACUUCGAUCCCGAGAACCUCGUACCCACGACGACCUUGGAACCGAACUUGACUAUUUAUCGGAAUAUCAUAAAAGCCCCGCUUAGAUGCCCGCCUAAUCAUGUGUUAGUGAAGCAACGGUGUCGAGAGGUGUUCAAACGAUAAUGAAGUUCGCGAGAUGUCAGAGAGGAAUACGAUAUUACCGUUUCUCAUUUCUGCCGAAUGUCGGUCAGUCAAUAUUGUCUCGUUAGAUAAUAAUGUGCCGUGAGAUUUAUUUCCUCCUGAAAAUUGCAACAGGCGCAAUUAAGCAUUUUGGUGUAUAUGUUAAGGAUAAUCUAGGAUUACCUCUCUUGACACAUUGAUACGAAAAUAAUAAUCUCACUUUACUUAAUUGCUUAGCAUUUUUUUAUGUCUUAUUAAUUAUUAAUUAAAAUCGGUACAUUGAUCUUUUCUUUAAUCGUACAGAACAGUGGAGAUUCUGAUAUAAAUAUUUAAAAGCAAGUUUAAUCAUUUUUCACCGGUAAAUGACAAGGUUUUAUUAUAUAUACUUUGGACCAAAUUAUAUGGUCUUAAAUAUGCAUUAAUGUCAAAUCAUUUACUGUGAUAAUACAAAUUAUUAUUUAUCAAGUUCGCACCAGUUAAUAGACUAUACAAAUACCUAAAACAAGUCAUCUGAAUAACUUUGAAAAUAUGCAAAAUAAAAAAGAAAUGUUAAUAGGAGUAGAUAGUAAUAGAAAUUGUAAAGUUUUAAGUAACGCGUUACAUAGCAAUACUAGUAUGACCUUGAACAGCGUCAUCAAGGUUACGGGAAGGUCACUUUGAAUUUUUUAAAUAGAAGUCCCCAUGUUUUACUACAUCAUCUUUUUCUACCAAUUAAUUUGAACAACUUUUGUCUGAAACAUUUUUUUAUUCGCCUAAUAUUUUUUGAGAUAUUUAAGAAAAACUUGGUAACUUUUCCAAUAUUUUCAAUAUUUGGCUUACGAUAUCUCGAUAUCUAUUUGACGGAAGAAAAAGUAAUGCUAGACUCCUUUACUCCAUUUGGUCUUUACUCUAUUUGGUCUGAAUAUUACAAUAGUGCCCUAACUUUUGUUAGUUUGAUGACCUUUAAAAAUUUGACCAUUGAAAAAUCACCAUGUUAACAAAAGUUAGGGCACUGUUGUAACAACAUAUUCUUGAGCCCAAAUAAAGUAGAAAAGUCUAGUAUCAUUUUUUUCUGAUAAAUAGUUAUUAAGAUAUCGUAAGCUAAAUAUUGAA